UCUUUCGUUGUUUUUAAUCGGCAGUCUGGUAUGACAACGUACGUAACCGGCUGGCCGGAGGAAGCCCCGCCCCCACACAAUUGGCGUUCCAUAAAUCAGUGGCGCGAUCAUCUUGUCAUUCUUGCUUCUCCUGCCCGCUAUUUACUUCUAAACGUAAGUUUAUUGGCGGUUUUGAUCGACUUAAUUGUGCCGGUUUAUUCACCAGUAUGUCAUCGGUAAAGUCAGUGAAGGGUUUAGUUGGACUGGUUACAGGUGGUGCCUCUGGUCUUGGGAGGGCUACUGUGGAAAGAUUCUUAAGAAAUGGAGCCAGAGUAGUCAUUGUAGAUCUGCCAAACUCUCCCGGUGAAGAGCUAGCUAAAAGUUUGGGAGAUGACUGCAAAUUUUCUCCUGGUGAUGUCACUUCAACAGAUGAUGUAACGAAAGCCAUAGAUACUGCUAAGGAAUCGUUUGGACGUCUAGAUGUAGCUGUAAGCUGUGCAGGCAUAGGUGUAGCGGCCAAGACCUACAACUUUAACAAAGACCGACCCCACCCACUAGAAGAAUUCCAGAGGGUCCUGAUGGUCAACACGGCGGGUACCUUCAAUGUAGCAAGACUUGCUGCAGGAGCCAUAGGUAAAAAUGAGCCCAAUGCUGAUGGAGAAAGGGGGGUAAUUAUCAACACAGCCAGUGUAGCGGCCUAUGAUGGACAGAUGGGUCAGGCAGCAUACUCGGCUUCUAAGGGUGCCAUCGUUGGCAUGACACUGCCGAUUGCAAGGGAUUUGGCUUCUCAAGGGAUUAGAGUUUGCACCAUUGCACCAGGUCUUUUUGAUACUCCACUUUUGGCAGGGCUUCCAGAGAAGGUGCGUACCUUCUUGGCAAGGAGUAUCCCCUUCCCCAACAGAUUGGCCCAUCCUGAUGAAUAUGCCCACAUGGUAGAAUCCAUUGUUGAAAAUCCAAUGUUGAAUGGGGAGGUGAUACGUGUGGAUGGGGCUCUCAGGAUGCAACCAUAAAAACUCUCCUAGAUGGGAUACGACAAAUCUCACCAACUUUAAGAUUUUUUUGUUUGUGGUGAGACAUAGGGAAAUAUGGUGAGACAAAUCAUCAUACUCUUGUUAUGGCGUGCAGUACCGUAUUCUCUUCAAAUUAUGAAAGAUGGACCGCGGUUGUGUGAACAAUCUUGGAAUAAAAUGGUCAUGUAAUUUUGAUAUUAUAUGUCAUUACCGAUUUCAAUAUAAAUUCAAUGCAAAGCAUCUGAAUGUUAAACCAAAAUUAUUGGGCUCGAUUCCACCUGUGUUGUGUGUUAUUAUGCAGGUUAUGUUUUAUUAGAAAAUGCUCUAUUCCUCAGAUAAGAUGUUCAAUGGAGGCACUGUGUAAACAAGAGUCAUCACCUUAGUAUGUUAAGAUUAGAACCAAUUGCACUAUUUGGAUGGGGAACCCCAAUGUAGUGGUCCACCUGCACACCCCAUAUCAAUUCCUGGAUCACAGUGAUUCAGUUUGCUUUCCCCUUCCUGGCAAAGGUGAGGGCAAACAAAGUGAUAAUGAUAUCAACAAUAUUUUCCUAACAAUAUUUCUUAAAGAUUAUUGGAAAUUCAUUCAAACUGUGAUAAAUAGUAUGGGAAGUUUUGAGGUAUUUGUAAGUUAAUUGUAAAGUUUUAAGAAUGACUAGAAUGUAAAGUGCCAAAUGUGAGCCCAAAGGUUUUAUCACUUAGUCAAAGUGUGACAUUUUAUUUCAAAUGUCAAUGAACUAACACUAACAAUAUAUGUUCAUGGUGUAAACUUUGGCUAAUGUGAUAAAAAUAUGACUGAGGGACCAGUAGCUUGUCAUAUUCUGAUAUUUCACAAAGUCACACUUCACUGUACAAACAACUUUCUGAAAUGUUCCCAGGCAAACUUCUAGCCUUUAAGCAUCACUUAAUAUUCUAGUUUAUAAAGCCAUGCAUAACAUGAGAAAACAUCUUCAUGAAACCAGAAUCAUUCAUAGACUAAUGAGAAUCAAAAGUUUAAAUUCACUAGGGUUACUUUUUAUCAAAUAGAUGUCACCAUAGCCCUAUAGAAGUGACAAUUGAUACAUGUGAUAAGUACUGAUUGAAGCAAUAAUUGUAUUCUUCUUAUAUCUGUCUUGUAAAAUAUACAGAUAUAUAUAUAUAUCAUGCAAGAUGAAUUCAGUGUUUUUGGUGUACAUGUAUUGUGGAAAAAAAAAAAAAAGGCAUAGAAAGAGGUUUGAAAACCUGAAAUUAGAUAAUUUAGAUUUUUUUUUUUUUGGGGGGGGGGGGAUGACAUGAGGCGAGAAAAAUUACAAACUUAUUUAUUUAAAAAGAUAAAUAAAAACUAAGAGAUGUUUACAUGUGCUGGUCUUGGAUAUCUAAAUUGAGGUGAUUAUGAUUCCUGCAAUGAAAUAUAGAUACAUAAAUAUGUAUUGCAAUAUAUUUUUCUUGGAAGAAAACAUGAAUUAUCUGAAAGUA